AGAAUAUCAGAAAAAAUCCAAAUAGGCCUUGCUUUUUCGAAGUCAUUUACUGUUCAAAUUCCUGUCAGCCAAAAUAAUCGAUAAUUUCGGUUUGGGAAUCGAGUUAUUCCCAGCUCUAAUGCAACGCAGUCCUUCCAUGCUGGCAGUGCCUUGCAACGAUAACUAUCGGAACUAUCGAAGGGCGCUUCUGAUUCAAGGCAGUUACAAUUCAAGGCGAAAAAAUUCUUAUAGUAGUUUUUAAGGAAAACUAAACUAUAGGAAUAUCAGAGAUAAUCAAAAUUGGCCUUGCUUUUAUGAAGUAAUUUACUUUACAAACAAAUUCCUGUCGGCCCAUACACAGAUUCUCUCAAAAACGGUGUUGAAAUCUCCACUAACAAAAUAAUCGAUAAAUUCGAUUUGGGAAUCGAGCUAUUCCCAGCUCUAAUGAAACGCAGUCCUUUCAUGCUGGCAGUGCCUUGCAACGAUAACUAUCGGGUCUAUCGAAGGGCGCUUCUGAGUCAAGGCAGUUGAUUUUCUACGCCUGGCACUAAAAAGCUGCAACUCGUGAAAGUUUUCUAAGGAAGCACCUUAACUGCUUACUAUCCUUGCGGUGCGGCGUUCCAGGAAGAGCAUCAACAACGGCCACCUCAACAACACCAAGUCCAGAGCUUUCGCCCAGAACUAAAAUGGCACCGAAAUUGCCGAAACGCUCAUACACUCCUCUGCUGCGCGGAAGACAGGUCCAGGGGCAGCAAUUAGCAGCAGCCCUCGAUGAACCGGCCCAACCGUCACCAAACUCGGGCUUGCUGCAGAUUUCGCACAACAACUAUGAAGUUCAGUCGCAGCUGCUGGUCAGAAACCGACCAACUUUUCCCGAACGCGACAGGAGCACUGCUACCAUGCUGAUCAUCCUGUCCAACGGCGGCCAGCGACAGGUGAACUUUCCCCUACCAAGGGAGUCCUGCACCGUGCACGAUCUCCUCGUCCGAUUUGGCGUGCGCUUCAACCGCAACACCACCAUUAUUCAGUGCGUGGACCACAACAGAGAUGGCAUCGACUUCGUGGUGAGAGUGGGAUUCUCGGUGAGCAGACUGCUCAGCCAGCAGGUGGCCGCUGCUGGAGAACCACCUCACCACUCGCCAGUGGAGCAAAUCUCGACGAACAACUAUGCCGUUCACUCGCAUCACAUACGCACCCACCGAACUCGGCGGGCCAUAGCCGAGGGCAAUGGAAACCUGGCCAAGAUGUUGGUCCUCCAGGCCAGUGGCGAGAAGCGACUGAUAACUUUCACUUUGCCGCGGGUGACUUGCACCGUGAAGGAUCUCCUCGAGCGGGUCGGAGUGCCCUUCGACAGCACCACCACCCUUAAGUGUGUGGAGCACCGGGACCCCAAUGUGGACUUUGUGGUUGGAGUGGGAUUCCCAGGAAACGAGUCGGCCAGACAACUGAGAUCCCGGGCCAAUGAGAGUCUUGCGGCGAUCGACUAUUCUUCUAUGACCUUAGAUCCCGAGCUAUAAGAGCACAGCUCGGUUAUCGGAGGAUUUUAUGCAGAAGGAUUUGGAGGAAACCUAUUUAUGGAGAAAAUAUCAGUUUUUUAAAUUUCAAAAAGUAAUGGGAUGCAUGGAUAUUUAAUUUUGUCGUUUCUAAUACUGAUAUUUAAUUCGGUAUAAAUUGUAACCGCUUUUUUUUGUUCCCCAAACAAAUACAAACAUACAUACACAAAUAA